CGAAGAAGAACAAGCUUUUGAUCUCUUUCUUCGGACAUCUUAGUCGGUAACCAAUCUUUCGGUGUUUUGACAUUUCGGCUGCUCGAUUUGCCAGGCAAGAGUUACUUUUGGAUAUGAGCUCUGUCUGUGGUGGGUUGGAUUUCAAAGAUGCAGAGUCUCACCUUGAGAGCAGCUCUGCUUCCAGUCCCAAUAAAUGUUCUAAUGGCUCAUCAAAGCAUAUCUCUUGUGUUGGAUCUGAUGAUGCUCAAGAGUCUGAUGGUGAUGAUAGUGGUUUUAUACACCAAAAUGUGAUUGAAGAUUCCAAAGACAAGGCCAUCAGCGAACCCAUCCUUGAGUCUUUACCUCUUGAGUCUUUGGAUGAUGAAACUGAAGACAAGAACCUUGCAACCGCAUUGCAAGACAUGUUCUCUGAGAGUAUGAGUGUGGUUACUCUGAUUCCUGCCAUUAAAGGUGGUCGAGAGAAGCAUGGCAAGUCACUCGAGAAGCUGAGAGUGUCAUGGGCUGAAGAUGUGUAUGAUCCUCCACCUUCCAUUGUCUCUCACACAAGAAGCAAGAAACAGCAACCGCAGAAAUCAAAGAGCAAAGACAACCUGAAAAAAAAUGGAAAGAAAGGACAAAAGGGAAGCAGCCAUUCCCGUGGCAGCAAAGAUAAGAAGCAGAUUUCUUCUCGCAGCAGCAAAUACAGUCGUGAUAAGUUUGACUGGGCAACACAAAUGUCUGUUCUAGCUGCGUCCUCUUGAAUCUGUGUAGCAUGACCAAGGCACUUGCUACUUCCUUACUCUUGUCUCUCCUCUCUCUCACUCUCUCUUGUUUAUAAAUAAAAGGAUUUGGUGUGAAAACUUUUCUUGAGUUUCAGAACGAUUGUUGUUAUUCGUACGGAAUUGAGUUUGAUUUACACCAACUAUUAUUGUGAAGCUCUCGACAGUUUAUGUAUAAUAUAGCUGAUAAUUUGCG